AAAUCAAAUAAUAAUGUUGAAUUCAAAUCCAAACAAUUCAAUAGAGAUGAAUGAUAAUAAGAAAGCAAAUAGAGAUAACUUUAAUCUUGCUAGCAUACGACAAAGUAUCGACAAAUCUUGUUUGUCUGAUGAUGAAUUGAAUGUAGAUGAAAUUAAACAAAUAAAAUCUAAUAUUGGAUAUGGAAACGAUGUACAAAAAUUGAAUAAAGAGAUUGUGCGUUUGAGAAAUAUCAAUGCUAAACUUCAACAGACAAAUGGUUCAUUACAGGAACAGAUAUUUGAUAUAUUGAAAGAGGAAUCCAUAUUAAAUUUGAUUGCUAACGAACAACGACAAUCUACUAAAUCAUCAUUAUCGAAGCCAUCAUUUAAUAAUGUUGACAAUUUUAUUUCGAAUCAAAUGAUAUUUUCGAUGAAAUCAUCAUCAGCUGAUUGUGUUGUUGAUAAAACUAAUAAUCAUUGUACCAAUAGAUCCAAUAGUUUAGGGCGACAAACGAAUGCAUCGAUCAUUGGUCGACUAUUUACUGGCGUUGAACCAAUCAAUAUUGCAAAAAUUCGUCGCCGAUUAUUUAGUUUCCAUCAACGAGAUGCAUUUCGUUCGGAUUUGGUGCAAUCAUUGCCAACUAAACUUAAUGAAUCCAGAAAUAUGAUUCCAAAUCAAGAUUCGAAAAUUGCCAAAAUUUUACAUUUCAACAACAUCAAAAAUCAAGAAAAACGACUUAUGAUUUCUCGAAAUUUUAGUCAUCAAAAUUGGCAUCAUCAUGAUAUGUGUAAAAAUCAGGAUAAAUUGAAGACAAACAAUUCCCAUAAGAAUCUGCAAUCUACAUCAACUAAUAACAGCGAAAAACUUAGACCACAUAAGCACGGUUGCACAAUGAUUCCGUUCCAAAGACAAAUGUCAUUCGAUGUUGAUGAUGAAGACAAAGAUCAGGAUAAAAUUAAAAAAUGCUUCCAUCAUCAAAAUUCUCAUUUCAAACAUUCCAUGAAGACAUCGAUAAACGAAUCAUUAAUUCAUAAUAUGCCGAAUACUCAAGUUUAUCAUCAUUGUUAUUCAUUAUGUCAACAUCAACAUCAUCAUCAUAAACAACGACAACAAAAACGUAAUAAUCCAUUUGAUGAUAGCCAUUACGUUGAUUAUAAUAGCAAUUGUAUCAAUUGUUUCAAUGACGAUAAAACUGUUGAUGAUAUCUAUAGUUUCAAUAAAUCACUUAAUAAUGACAAGAAAAAUAGCCUUAAGCGUGAAAAUAAUUGUAAUCAUUGUCGUGAUCGUCAUUCACUUUGUGAUAAAAAUAUUCGGAAUGAUGUCAUUGCUCGUAAUAUUAAUGAUGAUGAUGUGGAUAACAAUAGAAAGUCAAAUGAUGAAAAAAGUGAUGUGAUAAAAGUGAAACAUUCGAUUCUUGAUCGUUAUUGUGAUGUCGAUGAGCAUUUUAUUUUUUGUCAUAGAAAAAUUACGAUCGGUGAAAAUGACUGCAUUGUUCGUAUUCAAACAAGGCCCCAAAGACAACCGCCAUCAAAACAAACACUUAAAUUAAUAAUGAUUGGUGAUUCGACUGUGGGUAAAACAUCGCUUAUAAAUCGAAUUCGUACCGGGACAUUCAAAUCUGAUCCAUUUCCGACUAUUGGUAUUGAUUUUCAGACCGUACAAGUUAAAGUGGAUAAUGAAUUUUAUGAUCUUCAGCUAUGGGAUACUGCUGGUCAAGAACGUUAUCAUUCAAUUACCAGAAAUUAUUACCGUCGUGUUGAUGCUAUUUGUAUGGUAUUUGACAUUACAAAAGAGCAAACAUUCCUUAACGUACGAAACUGGCUUACUUCAAUCGAAGAUACUGUUUUCGAACCGAUUCCAUUGCUUUUGAUUGGAAACAAAUGUGAUCUUCGUUACAUUAACAAUAAAGAUGAUAAAUUAAGUUUCAUAACUCGACAAUCAGGCAUACGUUUGGCUGAUGAAAUUGGACCGAAUUGUAUAUUUAUAGAGACUAGUUGCAAAACUGGUUUUGAUGUCGAUAAUACAAUAAUUAUUGCAACCAAAAUGAUUAUUGCGAAACAAAAUCAAAAGAAUAAUUGUAAAGUUAAUGGUGGCAUAAAUGUAACACCGAAAUCGAAUUAUACCAAGAAAUGUUGUUGAUAUUAAAUUAAAUCCUAUUUGUAU